AUGUUCUGUCUUUCAGAUAAUACCAUCCAGUCAAUUUUCUGUUGCUGUUGCUCGGUUCAGAAGAGCACCAGACAAGUGAGAACACAAAUCAACCUGAACAAUGAUGGGAACUCAAGUGAAGAAUACAAGUGGUACUCAAAGCCGCUGCCAUAUGUCUCCACUCAUAAGAACAGAUCAAACAAGGAACAUGUUCAGCUAUCCAAAAGAAGACCCUUGCCACCCCUCCCACAAGGGGAAGGUCAUGGGGAGAAGAUCCGGGUGAUAGCUCUCUAUGACUUCCUUCCCAGGGAAUCCUGCAAUUUAGCAUUAAAGAGAGCAGAAGAGUACCUGGUAUUAGAGAAGUACAAUCCUCAUUGGUGGAGGGCAAGAGAUCAAUCUGGGAAAGAAGGAUUAAUCCCUAGCAACUAUGUGACAGAAUACAAAUUGACUAAUUUAGAAAUAUAUGAGUGGUAUCACAAAAAUGUCACUAGGAAUCAGGCAGAAGAUCUACUGAGACAAGAGUCCAAAGAGGGUGCAUUUAUUGUCAGAGAUUCCAGACGUUUGGGAGCUUACACCAUCUCUGUGUACUCAAGAAAUAGAAGGAGUGAUGUGGUGCCCAUUAAGCAUUAUCAGAUAAAAAAUCAUGAUUCGGGGCAGUGCUAUGUGACUGAAAGACACCUUUUCUCAUCAAUACCAGAACUGAUUCAGUAUCAUCAGCACAAUGCAGCAGGGCUCAUUACUCGUCUCCGGUAUCCAGUUGGUCCCAUGGGAAAUUGCUUGCCAGCAACAGCUGGUUUUAGCUAUGAGAAAUGGAAGAUUGAUCAAUCUGAGUUGACUUUUAUAAAGGAGGUUGGGAAAGGCCAGUUUGGUGUGGUCCAUUUAGGUAAAUGGAAAUCCCAAGUCCUAGUGGCUAUUAAGGCCAUCAAUGAAGGAGCCAUGUCAGAAGAUGACUUCAUUGAAGAAGCUAAAGUGAUGAUGAAAUUAUCUCAUCCAAGACUAGUACAACUUUAUGGAGUAUGCAUCCAACAGAAGCCACUCUACAUAGUAACCGAGUUCAUGGAAAACGGUUGUCUGCUUCAUUAUCUCAGACAGAGACAAGGAAGACUUAGGAGAGGGGUGCUACUGAGCAUAUGCCAGGAUGUAUGUGAAGGGAUGGAGUACCUGGAAAGGAAUAACUUCAUUCACAGGGAUUUAGCUGCCAGAAAUUGUUUGGUGAGCGCCACAUUCAUAGUAAAAAUUUCAGACUUUGGAAUGACAAGGUAUGUUUUGAAUGAUGAAUAUAUCAGCUCUUCAGGUGCCAAGUUCCCAGUUAAGUGGUCAGCCCCCGAAGUCUUUCACUUCAACAAAUACAGCAGCAAGUCUGAUGUCUGGUCAUUUGGAAUCCUGAUGUGGGAGGUUUUUACUGAGGGCAAGAUGCCUUUUGCAAAGGAGUCCAAUUUACAAGUUAUAGAAGCGAUUUCCAAAGGCUUCCGGCUGUAUCGUCCGCUUUUGGCUCCAAUGAUUGUGUAUGAAGUCAUGUACAGCUGCUGGCAUGAGAAACCUGAGGGCCGCCCUACUUUUGCUGAAUUGACUCAGACACUCACGGAUAUAGCAGAGACUGGGUGACCCGAGAUGGAACUUCAAAGAUCCCAACGCCGGUGUCUUUCUUGCCCAGUUGUCAGGAAAGGAAAUUCCUUUUUUGGUCAUUGAUAACGAUCUUCUGUAGAAAGUUGCUGAUGAUGGAUGACCUUUGUACAUUGGGAAGAUGUAUGAAGCUUUUAAUUUAUUUUAUAUCUUUGACCCCGAGUUUCUCCAGUGACUUAUUAAAUUGUCUUCACCUGAGCGUGCUAAUCAGCAAGUGGGACCCAACAUUUCUUUGUGGUGAGCUGGGGGAGCUCUGGGGAAUCUGACUAAAACCCCACUCUUCUCUGAGUUUUAGAUUAUGAAAAUGUGAUGGCUUUUUGGUCAAAGCCACAGAAUAAAACGGCUGGGAGGAGGAGCCAGACCCUCUGGAUGUGUGGAUUUAGGCAGAUUCCCAAGUAUUUCCAUCUGCCAAGACUUUUGAUUCCUGCAGGGAUUUGUUGGAAAGAGAAGAUGAGACAAAAGAAUUAAUCUUGCCAAGCUAUAAGGAAGUUGUGUAGUAGAGGGGUUUGACCUGCCAUGGAGCCCUUACCCUCUCAAAAAAGAUUGUUGAGAGCUAAGUGGAUGGAUGGCCUGCUAGAUGUCACCUCAAGUCACUUCUCUCUUUUCUUUGCUCCUUCCUCAACUUGGGUGAAAGAGCAGCUUUCUUUGCCCUAUUUUCCACUGACCAUCCAAGCCAGCCCUACUAGCUGCAACUCCCAUGCUGCUGACAUAUAAUUCACUUUCAGUUCUCAUCAGUUUAU